GCCUCCUCCGCCGGUCUGUGCCCUCCUGGCUGUGCCACCGUGCCCGGCCCGGGCUCCAGCUGCCCCUGUCUGCCCGAGCCGGCAUGGCCAUCUCCAUCCAGCUCCAGCCCAGCCCCCGGUGCCUGUUCGAUGAGCCGCUCGAGGUGCGGGUGAGCGGCCUCUGCCCGCACCAACAGGUCACCCUCAAGGCUUGGCUCCGCGACGAGAAGGAGCAGCUUUUCCAUUCGGCCGCUUUCUACACGGCCGACCCCCACGGCCAGCUCGACCUGACUCGCUCCCCCUCCCUGGGGGGACACUACACCGGCGUCCAGCCCAUGGGACUCUUCUGGUCGCUCAGCCCCGUCACUCCGUUCACUCGCCUGGUCAAGAGGGACGUGGCCGCUUCUCCCCUCUCCGUCCACAUCGAGAUCUUUGACGGACACUUGAGCCUCGGGCAGCUCCCACCGCAGCCUCUAGCCACCGCUAUCAAUCAGCGCUGGUUCAUGAAGGAAGGGCUGGUCAGGAUCCCAGUCAGGGAAGGCAGGAUCCGAGGGACCCUCUUCGUCCCACCUGGAAAUGGACCAUUUCCAGGAGUGAUCUGUAUGAACGAAAUAAAAGGUGGAUUGUUAGAAUACAGAUCCAGUCUCUUGGCAAACCAUGGUUUUACAACACUAGCAUUUUUUUACGAUAAUUAUGAUAGCCUUCCAAAAGGUGUGACUAACUUCGACUUAGAAUAUUUAGAAGAAGCUGUAAAUGUUUUGAAGAAGCAUCCAAAGGUUAAGGGUCCCAGUGUUGGAGUGAUUGGAAUAUCAAAGGGUGCCGAUUUGGCUCUCUCAAUGGCCACCUUUUUACCAGAUGUGCAAGCAGCCGUUGUUAUCAACGGAUGCAUUACAAGUUCUGUGUUUGGAUUGUGCGUCAAAAAUAAACUGAUUUCUACCGGCCUGCAUUAUAAUAUAAACCGAAUGAAGAUUGCAGAUUCAGGAGUUGCAGACUUGUCAGAGAUUAUGGAUGAAGUUGACAUGGACAACGUAAUCCCGAUAGAAAACACCAAAGGAACCAUCCUGUUCGUUGCUGGAGAAGACGAUAAGAACUGGAGUAGCAAGCACUAUGUUGAUGAAGCUGUCAAAAGAUUGAAAGAACAUGGCAAAGAUAAGUUUGAUGUCCUCAGUUAUCCAGGAUCUGGGCAUUAUCUGGAACCUCCAUUUUUCCCCUUUUGCUAUGCCUCUUAUCACCCUGCGAUAAACAUGUGUGCAGAGUUGGGAGGGAAUGCCAAGGAACAUUCAUUUGCUCAGGAAGACUUGUGGCCAAAGAUUCAAGCAUUUUUCCGAAAGGUCCUACACCAGUAGGGGGCAGCAAAGAGGAAACUCAGAAAUUGCUGUACUACCUUGGCAUACUGGCUCAUGAAGCUGUGCAUGCUACUGUUUGAACAGUAGCUACCAAUUGUUUUGUCUAUGUUUUGCAUUAAAUCAUUAAGAUUCUGAAUUUUAAUCUCUGUGCGAAAUUUAAUUUAAUGCCUUUUUGGGGGCAGUUUCAAAUAAGAACAAUAGUUAAUUUGUCUGAUGCACAUUCACAGUAACUUUGGACCAUAGUGACUAAUGGCUAAACUUUAGUAGUCCCGGCUAAAAAUUAAUAUGUUAGUUGUAUCAACUAUCUGUAAAUCAUACCAUCUUUGUAAAUCAAAACAAUCUAAUUCCCAACUUCUCCUUUCUCUUACCAACCAUGCGGUGAUCUGUUCACUUCAUUUCUGCAGGGACCGAUUGGAUUAAUACACAUUUAUGUAUUUCUGCUGUCAGUUUAAAAUGUGUUGUAUUGAAAAUAAUCCUUAUUGAAAUUUCACUGACGGGUUGAGAUUUUGUGAGCAUAUUGGUGAAUGUGAACAUCAAAUUUUAUCUGCAGCUAUGCUAUAACUAAAUGUGAUUGAUUUUGUUGUUGACAGUCAAAUGUAGCUGUGUUUUUUAUUCUGUG